AUGUCCCGGAUGACCUCGAGGAGCCACACCGUCGGCAGCGGCGCGGUCAAGGUCAACGAGAUCCUUGCCUCGCUGUGGAGCGGCUCAGGCCGGUGCCUGCUGCUGGAGGGCCGGCCCGGCAGUGGCCGGGGAAUGUUGGCCAGGCACUUGCUGGCCAGGCUCGCAGAGGGCAGUGGCAAACCCGAGGAGGGCCCGUGGCUCCCCAUCCAGGCAAGCUGCGACAUUCUCGCCAGCUUGAUCACUGCUGGUGGAGAUUCCUCGCGCGCUGAUCUCCUCGGCCAGUGGCUGACAGAGGAGCUUGGAACGCCGCUGUGUGUGGGGGAGUUGCAGCCCCACUUCUUUGGGGUGGUGCUGCUGCUCGAGGGCCUUGAACGUGCAGGCGAGCAUGCGGCCGAUGUGGCUCGCUGGGCCGCGCAGUGGCUGAGCGAAGGUGGGACUGCCAAAGCCGUGCUCCUGACAUCGCGACCAACAGCUCCCGACUCAUUCCUGGAUCAACCCUGGGAGGAAGCAUCCUGCGAUUUGUGGGGCCUGGCCAAGGCCACCGUCGCCGAGGUCGAAUGGGCCAGAGCCGCCGCGGCGAGCAUUCCGGACGGCAGCCGUUUGCUGCAGGUCCAGAUGGACAAGGUUGCGGACGUGCCAUGUUUCCUGCCGGUUUCAGGGCAGACACCGUCCCUGGCUGGAAUCCGGGCCUCUGACCAGGCAAGGAUGCUAGAGGAGCCGUUCUUGGCAGCAAUUCUGCUGCAUGUCUUGGCCCAUGGUGGCAGGGACCUUGCGGAGUUGAACUGCCUCUCAAUUUAUGAAGCCUUGGUGGAGACCAUGUGGCGCAGUGCUGGCUGGACUGAGUCCGGAAGCAGCUUAUCUGAGCCGCCAGAAUCCGAAAGAGCAGGCUGCCAGAAGGCCUUGCAGCAGCUGGCGCUGGAUAUGUGCUCUCGUGGGCAGCAUCUCUUUCUCAUCAGUGAUGUGCCUGACUGCAUCGCGUCUCCGGUGUUGCGCCGGGUCGGCGGCCGGCACGCGCGGUUUGCGCACGCCUCGCUGCAGUCGUACUUUGCGGCUUUGGAGAUCUUGCGGCGGAUGGACAUGGUCCCCCAGGUCCUUGGGCAGCCGCAGUGGCCACAGGUGCGGCUCUUCCUCCAGCGUGGCCUGGAGGGCGCCGUGGCAGGAGCUUGCAGGCUGCCGGGCCUUCUCAGCGAAGAGGGCACGGCGUGGCUCCAACAGUGCCUUCGCGUGGCGUCGGCAGUGGGCGCUGAUGCCUCCCUCGUGGCCGGGAGCCUUACCGACGCCUGGGAGCAGGUGCAUGCCUCGGCCCACAAGGACACUGGCAAGGGAGCACAGCUGUGCUUGAGGAGUUGGCUGCCCGCCAGCUUGGAGGCAUGCCUCCAGAUCGGCCUGUUCCGAAAUGACUGCGGCAAAGAGCUUCAUGGCUCCUCAUUGCCCUUGCAGGGGCUCCUCCUCUCUGCCUUGGCUUUGGUGGGGCGCGUCCUGCGCGUGGGGGGAGGCUUGCAGCUGUCAGAGCAGCUGCUUAGAGCGGCCCGCUCCGCGAUCAGCCUGGAGCAGAGGAAGCAGACGAUGCUUUCGUGGCAAGCCGCUGACGGCGCGUCGUUGGAGCCUAUGCUGCGUCAGCUGGCACAUGCCACGUUGGCCGGAGUUCCAGGGCUCCUGUGGAGGCCCACUGCGGUGGCAGCUGGCGUUGCUGCUGCUUGA